AUGGAAGUUUCAAUGUACUUGAUUUCAACAAUAACAUGGUUGUGUCAGGGUGAUUUGAACAUAACCUUCAUUGAAAAAGGAAAAGAAGGAAGUAAUGUUGCAGAAACUCGUUCUAGUCCUUGUCAUGCAAAAGGUGUCAUACAUGAGUCUGUAGAAUCUCACUCAAUUCCCUCUGAUAUAGAAGUUGAAGAAGAACAAACUGAAAAAGAAGUAGAGCCUAAAUGGGCUAGAGGUCCCACAAAAAUGUUAGAUGUAUGGGAAAUGGAAGAUGGUGAUUUAAUAAUCGUUAAUUUGGACAAAUAUGGUCGACCCAUUGGCGAGAAAGGGACAACUCUAACUCGUUUCAUUGGUGGCGUAGCUAGAAGGUAUCAAUAUGCUGUUAUCGACUACAAGUCAUGGAAAGUCAUGCCAAAUGAUUACAAAGAAGAAAUGCUGAAAUUAAUAGAGAGUAAAUUUGAGUUUGUUCCUCCAAUAAAUGACUUAACAAGAGAAAUGUUAAAAUCUGAGCUGAAUGAGAAAUGGAGGCAAUGGAAGGGUGAUCUAAAGUCAAUGGCAUAUGACCCUACUAAAACAGAAGAAGAAGUUGCAUCUCUUGUACCAGAUGAUAGGGUUGACCCAAAUCAAUAUCGUGGUUUGGUUCAUCAUUGGUUUUCUGAUGAAGGACAAAAAAUAAGUAAAAUUAAUAGGCAAAAUCGUGCUAAGUUUGAAGAUGUUCGUUGUAUGAGUUCAAAAAGUCUCCCAAAGUUUAUUGAUGAGAAGGUUCCUGAUGCUACUAGUGCUCAAAAUCAUGUGAAUUCACUUAGUCCAAACAACAACGAAAAUAAUGAAAAUGGUAAGUAG